UGCAGGGAAGUCUGGUUGGCUGCUAUGUCAAGUUGUCAACUAUCCAACUGGUGUUACAUUGAGUCAACGACUAACGCAGCCACCAAAAUGUUUUGGUACUCAGAUCUGUCUUCAUUUAAGAAAUCACGUAAAUCCAAUCAGACAUUCAAACAAAGGGGCUUUGCUGUUCUUUUAUUAGUUGACUUCAAUUUAAACGAUAAACUUAGUUGACCCAGCUCUUUAUUCAAAGUCUUACUUCUGUUUUUUAUGAUUAGUGAGUGGAAGGAUCGUACAGUUGGAGGGGAGAAGAUUUUCACAUUGAAAACUCCUUAAAGACCAAUUUCCAAGCAAUCAAGGUACAAAACACAUCUGGCAUAUUGCAUAUUCAUCUUCGGGUAGAUACUUCUGUGGUGAAGAACAGAUGGAUCGAAGCUCAGCUAAUGGUUAUGGUGGAACUACACAAUCUGCUCAACAUGGAUUUUCAGGUCCAAGAAUGUAUGAAGCAAAUACAGGGAAUCCAGCUACUAAUUAUGGUGGUGGUGGGGAUACACUAGAAACUGAGUUCUCAGGUCCAACUAUGUAUCAGGCAAAUACUGUCCGUGGGAAUGUUUGGAGCACUGGAUUGUUUGAUUGCCAUGAAGAUGAAACAAAUGCGGUCAUGACAGCAUUCCUACCAUGUGUUACAUUUGGACAGAUUGCAGAAGUGAUGGAUCAAGGAGAAUUGACCUGUCCUUUGGGAAGUCUUAUAUAUGCUUUGAUGAUGCCUGCUUUGUGCUCUCAAUGGUUGAUGGGCUCAAAAUACAGAACAAGACUGAGAGAGAGAUAUAAUUUGGUAGAAGCUCCAUAUACUGAUAUCAUUUCUCAUGUGUUCUGCCCAUGUUGUUCACUUUGCCAAGAGUUUAGAGAACUUCGAAAAAGAGGACUUGACCCAGCUUUAGGAUGGAAUGGAAUUUUGGCUCAAAGACAAGCAACACAAAAUGAAACAAUGGAAGUUCCUCCUCCAACACAAACCAUGUUUUGAUAAACAAAUGGAAAACCUGUUGAAUUUUCUCAUCCAUCAAUCUGUGUGUGUGGUUCUGGUUCUGUUUCUACAACUUAUUUCUUCCUUUUCUCUAAGAUUUUGAAUUUGUUAAAAUUUGUGGAUUACUCAGAUGACAAAGAAGAGGUAGAUGCCAUUUCUGUCUUCCCCCACCACUGGUCCAUUCUUUAUGAAUGUAUUUGAAAGCAAAUUUUGAUGGAAAGUAGAUAAAUCCGAAAACAUUAAAGUGUUUGAUAACUA